AUGAAUGUCCAAGAAGUUACCCAAAAUUGUAUCCGAACAGCAUUUUUUGGGUUUAAUGUUUCUGGUGGCAUUAUCCCUACUAUCAUCAGAAUUGCGUCAUUUGCCGUUUUAACAAGUAUUCACGCUGUUAUUAAACCAAAUUCAUGGACACAAAAGGAAUAUUUAAUUUUUGCAGGAUCUAUAGCAUUCGUUAUACUAAUUAUUACAGCAACACUAACUAUUUUAACUCGUAUUUUUGACAAUUCUUUCGAACUAUCUACAGAUUCCGAAGAAAGUAUAUCAGAUAUCGAAACUCCACCUGGCAUCAGUGAUGUCUUAUGGAAACUAAGAAAUUCAUACCCGUUUGAUGAGCAAAGAGCCAGUGAAUCAGCUUUUGAACUCAUUCAAUCAGGUUUUUCAGCAGAUGAAGUCUUUACUCUUAUCGAAUACAUGAAUACUCACAAAGAGGAGCCAAAACAAUCUCAAAAAAAGGAGAAAGGAGAAAAUACAAGUUAUAUUCGUUUUUUUGGAACGAUUAAGAAGUUUCCUUUCACUCGCGAACAACUAUCCAUCGUAUUUCCUUUCCCAAAAACCUUUACUUACAUAUUUUUUGUGACAAUUUUAGCUUUUUUUCAGUUAUAUCUCGUUUCUUUCGCCUCUCAUCAUAUACCAGCAGGUGUCUACUGGUGGUAUUGCAUUAUUUCAGGCGGUUCAAUCUACUCAAUUCUCCAGCCUCCACAAGAUGAACCUUAUUCUCUAACUCACGAAGAAUCUACGAACGGAAUGACCCGUCCAUUCUUUCUAAUCAUAGCUUGUGGCUUCAUUCUUCUUUUCGAGUACUUUCCAAAGUGGUUUGAACCAAUUCAUCUUGAAAUUUUCAAAAUUACGAUAGAUUGGUACACAAUCAAGGACCACGGUAUUGAAAUUUGGAAGUACGGUAUUUAUUUACUCCCCGUUUGGCUUUUUUUCGUUAUUCCUCCAAUCGGAUCGACAAUUACAUGGUUUAUUGAGUCAGUGAACCGAUAUUUGUUUGGUUCAUGUGGUGUAGUGGGUCUUUUCGACUCAUUCGCUCAGUUAAUUCGAUGUUUUGUUGUAUAUAUUAUUUGUUAUUUUAUUCAUUCGAAAACAACGUUCAAAUACCAUGACGAAGUUGCUAUUAUUGUAUCCCAUGUCAUUCUGAACAUCCCAAUUUCACCAAUUUCACAUCACAAAAUAUUAUAUUAUUUUAUUCAACAAAUUAUUCUUACAGGUAUUGUUUCUAUAGCUUCUAUAUACUGUACAACACGGAAAGGAUAUUUUUAUGUUAUGAUUAUCAUUCCUGUUGUUAUUAAUUUAAUAAUUCCUUUUUUGACUACAUUUACACAGUAUUUUCUAUUUAUUUUUAGGUUUAUUCGGAUAAGAAUCCAAUAUGUUGAGUUCUUUUUCAUUGUUAUCCGUGCAUUUUUCGGAGUAUCUUUUAUCAAAUUUUGUUUGUUGUCAGAAACUAUUCCAACAUGGAUUUUUGGGUUUUUUGUAUGUAUAGUAUUGAAUACUUCAGUAGGAAGUACUUCUGUUUAUGCAUUUUCUUUGUUAGUUUUUUGUCACUUUUAUUAUGAAAUGCAAUUUUCGAAUUUUGUUGGCUCAUUUAUGAUUUCUUAUUGGAUUGGCCGCAAACUUAUGCAUAUGUAUGAUAUUACUCGUGAAUACAUAUUCGGAAGGUUCUCAUCUAUUGGCAGUUAUACAGAAGAACUCCCAGAAGUUGGUUAUAUUCCUUAUUACAUUGUUAUUAUGUUAUUUCCUUUUAUUGACAGAAGUUUUUCUUUCAAAACUUAUCUUUGGUCUGUUAUUACAGGUGCUCCACGACAAUUGUUUUCUUUUUUGCAGCCUUUGUUUCAUGUUGUUGUUUUCCCAUCUGCACCACGACCAAACAUUUUCUGGGAUUUGAGUCCACCUCGAAAUCUUGAUGUCAUGAAAACAAUUGCAUCUCAUGCAACAGAGCAUCCUCUUGAAGCCCCUGUUUAUUUAUCCGCUGUUAGAGAUUUAGUUAAAGUAUUAGCAAGACAAAUAUAUUCAGGGAAUUACGGUGCUGUUGAUGAAAACGACAUUUUUUUGAUGAUUAACAACAAAAUGUCACUUUUAUUGCAUAUCAUUUCACUUCGUCCUAAUUGUGUUCAAUUCCAAGUUCGAGGUCUCGAAUACAAUGAUGCUACUACAUGUCAUCAAAUCGAAAUCCGAAAUCUUGAGAAUUUAUCAACAAUGGCAAAUGAUUGGCAAAUUCCCGCCGGAUUUUUACAUUUGAAAUCAAAUUGGAAUUAUGUAAAUUGUGACAUUCCUUUAGAUAUGUAUGAAGUUAGUGCAACAGAGUUAGUUACUAUUCUUAAUACUACGAAUAGAUAUACAGUUUUGACGUGGAUGAGACUUUGUAUUAUUUUCUUCACAUUGAAAGAAAUUGAAUUAUUAGUAAAUGUUCCACAACCAGAUGAAAAUAUUACUGUUAGUAGUGAGCAAGAAAUCGAAUAUAUUUCAGGUCAUCUUGAGAUUGAAUUAAGUCAUGAAAUGAAGCAGCAAUUGCAAGUCUUGAUUAAUGAUUGUCUUGAAAUUCUUACAAAAUCUAAUGGUGUUGAAUCGAACACAGUUAUUGCAUCUAAAGUAUUUUCAUCAUUUCAUGGAAAUUUGUCCGUUGAUGAUGACAACUUCUGGCUUUCUAACAACCAACGAAUCUUCGAAGAUGUCAUCACACCUUCUAUGCGAUUGUUUGUUUUGAGUUUAGUUCUCCAACAGUUCGGAUUUGUUGAUGAACCAGAUGUAUUAACAGAUUCAUCAAUCUUCGAUCAUUUCAUGGACUACGAAGAGAGUUACUUGGUUUCACCAGCAGGAUCUAAUGAAUUUGCACACGAAUUCACUAUGUCAAAGAAACAACUUUUGACAGUCGAAAACUGUUUGAACACUAAGACAGUUUUGUUGUUCAAACAUUCAACAGCACUUUGGAAUGUCUACAGACUGAACAAGAGUUCUGUUCGAAGUCUCUGGUCCAGCCAAGCAUUCGAACAAGUCUUCAUGCGUUCUUUGGACAGAGAGAGACUUUCUAUACAGUUCAAUGUCAUCGAUUUGCACAACAUCGUCAACCAAGCUUGCAACCUUCCGAUUGGAUAUCCUGCAUAUGUUUCUCCUGUUUUGUCUUCUUACUACACAUUCAGAGCUUAG